GACACAAGGAUCUGUACAAGGAGGCCAUGAUGGAGGAGCACCAGCCUCUUAUAUCACAAGAGAAUCCAAAUAAGAAUUCUGAGGAAAACUUCAUGUUAUCAUUAAAUUAUAAUGUAGAAGAUGACGAUAUCAAGCUGCGCUCUACAGGAGAAAACCUCAUUGCCCUUAAUGUACAUCCAGGACUUCACAGUACAGAUCUGUCAUAUUAUCCCUCGAAUCAUAAGGAACCUUUUCCUGACCAAUCACAGAUUGUUACCUCAAGAAUAGCUCAGAAAGGGGGUGAAAGGUUUAAUUGUGGUAAAGAGUUCACAAAAAGCUCAGGUCUUUCUACACAAAGAAGGAGUCGAACAGAAGAGAAGUCAUAUUCAUGUUCAGAAUGUGGAAUAUGUUUUAUACAAAAAUCAAAGCUUGUUACACAUAAGGGAAUUCACAUAGGAGAGAAACCGUAUUCAUGUUCCGAAUGUGGCAAAUGUUAUACAGAUAAAUCUAUUCUUGUUAGACAUAAAAGAUGUCACACAGAGGAGAAACCAUAUUCAUGUUCAAAAUGUGGGAAAUGUUUUACAGACAAAUCAUAUCUUGUUACUCAUAAGAUAAAUCACACAGGAGAGAAACUGUACUCAUGUUCAGAAUGUGGGAAACUUUUUACACAGAAAUCAUGUCUUAUUAUACAUAGGAGAGGUCACACAGGAGAGAAGCCAUUUUCAUGUUCAGAAUGUGGGAAAUGUUUUACACAAAAAUCACAUCUUGUUACACAUGAGAGAAGUCACACAGGACGGAAACCAUAUUCAUGUUCAGAAUGUGAGAAAUGUUUUACACAUAAAUCAAAUCUUGUUAAACAUAAGAGAAUUCACACAGGAGAGAAGCCAUUUUCAUGUUCAGAAUGUGGGAAAUGUUUUACACAGAAAUCAAAUCUUGUUAAACAUAACAGAAUUCACACAGGGGAGAAGCCAUUUUCAUGUUCAGAAUGUAGCAAAUGUUUUACACAGAAAGCACAUCUUGUUGAACAUAAGAAAAGUCACACAGGGGAGAAGCCAUUUUCAUGUUUAGAAUGUGGCAAAUGUUUUAAAGAAAAAGCAUAUCUUGUUAAACAUGAGAGAAUUCACACAGGGGAGAAACCAUUUUCAUGUUCAGAAUGUGGCAAAUGUUUCAAACAGAAAGCAUAUCUUGUUGAACAUAAGAGAAUUCACACAGGGGAGAAGCCAUUUUCAUGUUCAGAAUGUGGCAAAUGUUUUAAAGACAAAUCAUAUCUUAUAGGUCAUCAAAGAAUUCACGCAGGGGAGAAGCCAUACUCCUGUUCAGAAUGUGGGAAGUUCUUUACACAGAAAUCAAAUCUUGUUACACAUGAGAGAAUUCACACAGGAGAAAAACCGUAUUCAUGUUCAGGAUGUGGGAAAUGCUUUGUAGAUAAAUCAAAUCUUGUUAAACAUGAGAGAAUUCACACAGGAAAAAAACCAUAUUCAUGUUCAGAAUGUGGGAAAUGUUUUACAGAUAAAUAUAGCCUUGUUACACAUAAGAGAAAUCACACAGGAGAGAAACCAUAUUCAUGUUCAGAAUGUGGGAAAUGUUUUAUAGAUAAGUACAAUCUUGUUACACAUAAGAGAAUUCACACAGGAGAAAAGCCAUAUUCAUGUUCAGAAUGUGGGAAAUGUUUUACAGAUAAAACCAGUCUUGUUACACAUGAGAGAAGUCACACAGGAGAGAAGCCAUAUUCAUGUUCAGAAUGUGGGAAAAGCUUUACAAGUAAAUCGGAUCUUGUUAAACAUAAGAGAUGUCACACAGGAGAGAAGCCAUAUUUAUGUUCAGAAUGUGGCAAAUGUUUUACAGGUAAAACAAAUCUUAUUACACAUGAGAGAAUUCACACAGGAGAGAAGCCAUAUUCAUGUUCAGAAUGUGGGAAAUGUUUUACACAAAAAGCACAUCUUGUUACACAUCAAAGAAGUCACACAGGAGAGAAGCCGUAUUCAUGUUCAGAAUGCGGGAAAUGUUUUACAGGUAAAACAAAUCUUAUUGCACAUGAGAGAAGUCACACAGGAGAAAAACCAUAUUCAUGUACAGAUUGUGGAAAGUGUUUUACGCAAAAAUCGUAUCUUGUUAAACAUGAGAGAAGUCACACAGGGGAGAAGCCAUUCCCCUGUUUAGAAUGUGGAAAGUGCUUCAAAUAUAAAUCCCAUCUUGUUAGACAUGAAAGACUUCACACAGGAGAGAAGCCGUAUUCAUGUUCAGAAUGUGGGAAGUGCUUUAAGAAGAAAUCAUAUCUUGCUAUACAUGAGAGACUUCACACAGGUGAGAAGCCAUAUUCAUGUUCAGAAUGUGGGAAGUGUUUCACAGAGAAAUCAACUCUCGUUAUACAUGAAAGAUUUCACACAGGAGAGAGGCCAUAUUCCUGUUUAGAAUGUGGGAAGUGCUUUAUAAAUAAAUCACAUCUUGUUAGACAUGAGAGAACUCACACAGGAGAGAAGCCACAUUCAUGUUCAGAAUGUGGGAAAUGUUUUACAGAGAAAUCAAGUCUUGUUGUACAUGAAAGAUUUCACACAGGAGAGAGGCCAUAUUCCUGUUCAGAAUGUGGGAGACGUUUUACACAAAAAUCAGAUCUUGUUAAACAUGAGAGACGUCACUGAGAAGAGAAGCUGUAUACUUGUCCAUAAUGUGAGAAAUGUUUUACACAAAUCAGAUCAUGUUGCACAUGGCAGAAACCAUACAGAAGGGAAGUUGUAUUCAUGUUCAGAAUGUGGGAAAUUACAUCUUGUUACACAUAAGAAGUCACACUGGAGAGACGCCAUAUUAAUGUUCAGAAUGUAAAAAGUGCUUUUCGAAUAAAUCCGAUCUUGUUACAGUAUAAAUGACAGACCUAACACGGAAGAGAAAACAUUAACAUAUCAGGUUAUCUAUGGAUCUUAUAAGUUUGAUGUUUUUUUGAGGAAUUAUCCUGAAUCUCCAAACUGAGGUCACCUGUGACCAGCAACCAUCAAUUGAAGAAAAGUAUUGUGGAUAUAAGGAAGAGAAGAAGAGCCUUGUUUACUCCCAGAGCAGUGAAGAUGAAUUGUCCCCAUGAACCUUGCUUCUUAUCGCUAUAUUCAUACCUCCACCCACACUGCGGGAGAAUGCAGAGUGACAUGGGGGAGAAGUAACGACACUCCAUGUAAUAGUUUUAUAACGUAUGUGGACAUAUUAAUAUUUCAUCUUCAUUAAAACAGUUUUUAAAGAUAAAAUAAAAUCUUAUAUUUGCUCCA